CUAUCGUUUCCUUCCUCAACCGGAGCAGGAGCAGAAGCAGCAGCAAGGAAGCUCCUCGGCGAACAUAAUGCCGAAGCAGAUUCACGAGAUCAAGGAUUUUCUCCUCACAGCUAGGAGGAAGGAUGCCCGUUCGGUGAAGAUCAAGAGGAGCAAAGACGUGGUGAAGUUCAAGGUCCGCUGCUCCAAGUACCUCUACACCUUGUGUGUUUUUGACUCCGAGAAGGCUGACAAGUUGAAGCAGUCUCUUCCCCCAGGUUUGAGCGUGCAAGACCUUUGA